AUGGCAUCAGUAUGGAAUAAACUUAAGAAGGUCAAAACUGCUCUAAAGAGCCUCCAUACAACUGAAUUUCGGGGGAUUGAGACAAAGGUGCAACAGGUGAGGCAAAAGCUAAAAGAUAUACAGGAGAAAAUGAGAUACUCACAUACUGCUUCUGCUUUGUUUACUGCAGAGAAGGAAAUUAGGCAGCAACUAGAGAAAUGGGUAGUAGUAGAGGAAAGUAUAUAUAAACAAAAAUCUAGAGCUAAUUGGUUAAGGUUAGGUGACUCAAAUACUACUUAUUUCCAUGCAUAUAUGAAGAGUAGAUAUAGCCAAAACAUGAUUAGAAGCUUAGUGAAUGCUCAGGGGGUCUACAUAACAUCUGACCAGGGAAUUGAAGAGGAAAUUCAAGGGUUCUAUAGGGGGCUGCUGGGAUCAACAUCCCCAUCACUACCUGCUAUAAAUCCUGAUAUCAUGAAACAAGGCAACAUAUUGACCAAGGAGCAACAAUUGCUGCUCGUUGCUCCUAUUACAUUUGAGGAGAUAUACUCUGGCUUGUGUGGAAUUGAUGAUUCAAAGGCUCCAGGAAGAGCUGAUGUUACUGAUGCUGUGAAGCAGUUAUUUGACACUUCUGAUAUGUACAAGGCAAUCAAUGUUACUUCAGUCACUCUGGUGCCUAAGGCUACAAAAAGUGAUGGAUUUCUUAGUGGAUAA